AUGAAAGGAGGAAUUACAAGAGCAAAGCAACAUUUAACGGGAAAGAAGGGAAGUGUUGCACCUUGUCAAAGUGUUCCACAAGAGGUUAAAGAUGAGUUGUGGGCAAUUGAGAAAAAUAAGAAGAUGAAAGAAAGUGAGUCAUGCCAAAGAGUAAUGGAAGAUGUGACUCUUGGUAGUGAAGAUUAUACAUUGGAGGGAGAUUUAAGAGAAUUAGAAGUUGAGACACUUGGGGCCAAUGAAAGGAAGAAAGUUGCUAUGAAAAAGGGGCUUAUUGACCUUUUUUGCAAACAUCCAGAAACAACAAUUGCAAAAAAUAAGGAGAAAUUGAAGCAAAUAGGUAUAAGGGAGAGUUGUGACAAGGAAGCUACAACAUGGGUCCACCAAUAUAUAGCCCGAUUUUGGUACCAAGUUGGACUAUCUUUUAACAUGAUCAAAUUGGGGAGCUUUCAUGACAUGGUCUCAGGUAUUGGGUCUUUUGGACCGCAUUUGCGACCUCCAUCUUAUCAUGAGAUAAAAGUUCCACUUCUCCAAAACCAGAUGGAGAAUAAUGUUCAAAAAUCUGUUGAUGGGUCUAAUUUUGUGAAGACUGGAGAGAAGCUAUUUGAAUUAUUAGACUCUAUUGUAGAGGAUAUUGGGGAGGAAAAAGUUGUCCAAGUCAUCACGAACAAUGGCAGUAAUUAUGUUCUUGCUGGCAAGAUGUUGGAGGCAAAAAGGAAGAAAAUCUUUUGGACUCCAUAUGCAGCCCAUUGCAUAGAUUUAAUGUUGGAGGACAUUGGGAAGCUUCCCAAUAUCAAAAAAACAAUUCAGCGGACAAUUUCUCUUAUUGGCUUCAUUUAUAGCCAUUCAAGCACUUUAAGUUUGUUAAGGUUUUAUACAAACAAAAAGGAGCUAGUGAGGCAUGCGAUGACUUGA